AUGCUUUCGUUUGACGAUAUAACUAAUAAGUUCUUAGAAUGGCUUUCCGAGGAAAAUGUGACUAUUUCAUCAAAAUUAGUGGUGAAAGACCUAAGGAAAGACAACCAGGGAAGGGGUAUGGUUGCAAAUGAAGAUAUUGAAGAAGAUGAAGAGCUCUUCUCUAUCCCUAGAGAGACGAUAAUCAACAUUGAUAAUUGCAGUUUAACAAAAACAAACUCGAAAGCACGGGAUGGAUUAUUGAGUUUGAAUCAGUGGGAAGCACUAAUUAUUGUAUUGUUAUAUGAAUUAAAGGUUAAUGGUAAGAGUAAAUGGAGUGCUUAUUUCAAUACUUUGCCCAUAAAAGACACCCAGAAUUACAAAUUUAACCAACUUAUGUUUUGGUCUCACGAACAGUUAGCCGAUCUCUCACCGUCAUUGAUAAUAGAUAGAAUUGGUAAGGAUGAAGCUGAAGCCAUGUACAAUAAAUUGUUCCCAAAAGUUGUGGAAGACUUAAAUAUUCCAGAAUUAUUUAAAGUUACUCUCGAGGAAUACCACAAGGUGGCAUCAUUGAUAAUGUCAUAUUCCUUUGAUGUAGAGAGACCUGAAUUUAAUCAAGUUGAAGAUGAUGAAGCGGAAGAUGAUGAAGAGGAGGAUGACGAGGGUGACGGAACAAUAUUAAAUGGCAACUAUUAUAAAUCAAUGGUUCCACUAGCGGAUAUUUUGAAUGCCGACACCAAGCUUCACAAUGCUAGUUUAGUAUACACACCUGGAGUAUUAGUUAUGAAGAGUGUAAAACCAAUUAAAAAAGGCGAGCAGAUUUAUAAUACCUAUUCUGAUCAUCCAAAUAGUGAAAUUUUAAGAAGGUAUGGAUAUGUUGAAACAAAUGGUUCGGAAUUGGAUUUCGGCGAAAUACCAUUGAAAACUAUAAAAGACUACUUUAUCAAUAGAUUGGGAUUAACAUCGUCACUUGUACAAGAUACAUUUGUCAUAUUGGAUAAAAUUGCGGAAGAUGAUGAGGAAGAGAAUUUCGCCAAAAUUGUACUCGAUUCUUAUGACUGUUUUAAUGAUUCCCAAGUUAUUUUAGAAUUGAUAUUUAUUAUUCAAAUCUUGUCAAUAGUUGCGCUACUUUAUAGAUCAGAUUCUCUAGAUUUUCUGAAUUCCGAAUCAAAAUCUGAAUUAAUUUCUAGGGUUUCCAAAAAGUGUUAUCAAUUGAUAGAAUCGAAAAAAUUAACUAAAUCAUUCUUGGAGAAUUACGAGGGCAUUAUGAGGUCAAGAAUUCAAGAAUAUUUGGUCAAAAUAGACUGUAAUUCUGAGACUGGCAUUGUGAAAACUAGGGCCGAAAUGGCGAAGGUAGUAUUGAAAUCAGAAUGUAAAUCUUUAAAAAAUUGCUUAGAUUUUGAGAAAGUUUUCAGCGACGAGGAAAGCUCAUAUAAAUUUAUAGAUGAUGGGAAGUUGAUACGAAACAUCACAAAGAAAAGGAUAAAUGGGACUGAUAUUACUGAUAAUAACCGCAAGAUAAAAAAAAACAAGUUAAAAUAG